UGGCUUGUUCCGGUUGUACUCCAUCAUGGUAACACGAUAGCAGCGGGAUGUCGCGUCUCUCGUCAACAUUGUUUAUGAAUACAAUUAUUUAUAUUCAGUCACUCGUUUCUCUGUCGAAGAACUGUUCUCGAUCCGAUAAUCGUAGUCUCUUGCUUCUGUUUGUUGUCCAAUGAUAGUUUUUGCCUUAGUUCUUGCUGUGGCGUCUUUGUGUUGAAGCCUAAAGAAUAUUAUCGUUCAAAUUCUCAAGAUGAAGGACUUCGUCGUUCUAGUGUUUUUGUUGGUUUUACUUUUGUCAGCGAAUUGUAAAAUAACGAGUGAUGUGAAAAACUGCUCACUUCAAUCAAAUCUUUUUCAAAACGUAUCACAAGAUCUUUUGUUGAAGAAACCUACAAAAGGUCUUAAUUUGAGGAUAUGUCGGAGCAAUUUAACAUGUUGUUCGCAACAAAUGGAGUAUGAAUUGUACGCUACAAGCAGCAGGAUACUCGAAGUUGCCCUUCAACGCCAAACUAAUGCCACACUUCAGUUUCUUAAAACACGAGCUUCGCAAUUCGACGGUUUUAUGAUGAAUUUGCUUCGCACAUCGAGGAAAAAUGGAGCGAAAUGCUUGCUCGCGUGUACAUGA